AUUGAUUUGUCUCAUGGGGGCAGUGAAAGCCACUCACUGUUAGGGUCAGGCUUGUUUCUGUUUAUAAAAGUCUUUGUUCAUUACCAUCAUGACAAGUGGAGAUUUGGCAGGCGGUGUUUGCCUUUAAAACAUUGAAAGCUUAAUAUUUUUAUAAUACUUUCUCCAUAGUGUUCCACACUGCACACGUGAUUAUUUAAAUGUAAUUGAUUCUUUAUGGAACGAGGCUUUGACAUAAAGACAAGGUUGAUUUUUUUGGCCUGCACAGCCAAGCAGUGAAAAGGAAGAGAGGAGAGAUUGAAUCCUUCAAGCUGGAAUCCAAUCAAGUGAUUAGGAGUAGGUGUAACCUGAGCCAAGUUCUCUCCACUUCAUUUUUGGUGAGAAGACAAUAGGCAGCAGUGCUCUCUGAAAAAACACCAGAAGUUCAGGUUUUUGUGUGAUAAGUUGUAAUGGGGUUCGGAGAGGGGGUUUUGUUAGGGUUUGGGCUUCUUCUUUUAGGUGGAGGUCUUGGUGCUGCUACAGAAAAAUGGUCAAACUUCAGCACCAAUGAGACUCUGAUCCAAACCCUACAAACACAAGUGACGGCAAGUAUCCAGCUGCCAACAUCACCGCAGACAGCAGUUCAUCAGUCAAACCUGACGGAGCACGGAGAUCCGGUCCGUUCUCCUGUCACGUACCGGCUCAAAACCUACCAGCUCAGGAACCCGGCUGUCGGCAAACAAGAAACGCCGCAGCCUAUUGUGGAGCCGAGGCACUUUUCUGAAAACGAGGAGGGAUCUGAGGACACGCAGCUGACCCCAGAGCAGCUGGAGCCAGAGGAAACCGUGCAGGAGCUGGUGAAACUGGAGUUUCAAGGCCCGGAUCUGAACCCACCUGUCAAGGCAGAAUCAAAGGUGCUGACUCUGGUGAUAGAGCAGAGGGUACCUGUGCCAAACGAGAGCGUGGCAGCACGCUGUGACGAAGAUGAGGUCACCGUGAAGGUCAAACAGCACUUCUUAGGAAACGGUCAGUUGAUCCGUCCAAGCGAUCUGACCUUAGGGGGCUGCGCCGCAGUAGACACCACUCACCACAUCAUGCACUUCCAGACGGAGUUGCAGGGCUGCGGCAGCACAGUGACGAUGACCGAAAAAGCCCUCAUCUACUCCUUUAUUCUGAUGUACUCUCCAACACCCAUUGGCAACACCUUAAUUUUAAAGACCAACCCUGCUGAGGUGGUAAUUGAAUGCCACUAUCAAAGGAGGCUUUAUGUGAGCAGCGCCGCUGUGAGGCCUAGCUGGAUGCCGUUCGCCUCCAAAAUGUUAACCGAACUGCAGCUACACUUCUCCAUGCGUCUCAUGACAGAGGACUGGCAGUCGCAGAGGCCUUCCAAUGUUUACUUCCUGAGUGACGUGAUGUACUUUGAGGUGGCGGUCCAACGGGGUUACCAUAUUCCACUGAGGGUCUUCGUGGACAGCUGUGUGGCCACCAAGACCCCCGACCCCGAAUCUCUACCCAGAUACGCCUUCAUCAGCAACCAUGGGUGUUUAGGCGAUGUUAAGCUGACAGGAGCCAAGUCUUACUUCAUGCCGAGGAGCCAGGAGGAUAAACUUAAUUUCCAGCUGAAAAGCUUCAGGUUCCAUCGAGAUCACAAUAAUUCACUCUACAUCACGUGUCACCUGAAGGCAACAAAACUCUCCGCUCCCAUCGACUCGCAAAACAAAGCGUGUUCGUUCUUGACUGAAGCAAACAGAUGGGUGGCAUCAGGUGGAGACAAUAAGGUGUGUGACUGCUGUGAGAGCAGCUGCAGUGAGCAGAGAUCGAAAAGAAGCCUUGCAGCAGAUGCUGGUCUUGCAGGGCUUCUGCAGUGGGAGGGGACAGCGGCCCUAGGCCCCGUCCUGCUGGAGGAGAACGUCCUGCUGGAGGAGAACGUCCUGCUGGAGGAGAACGUCCUGCUGGAGGAGAAUGUCCUGCUGGAGGAACUGACGGAGCUCCAAACACAUGACGUGAUUGAAGCAGCCUCAUAUUCAUCCAUGGCCCUGCUGUGUGGAGUGGGUGCAGCGCUGGCUGUGGUGCUGCUACUUGUCAUGGGUGCUAUCAUCUGCAGCAGACAGUACAAACCCUCAGGACAAUUUGUCUGUACCUGAUUUAGGACAAUAAAACAUUAAUAACGAAG